AUGAGCUUACUUUUAAUAUUUCCAGAGUUGCCAAACCAUUAUAAAGUGGUGUUGCCAGCUUUGUCACCUACAAUGGAAGCAGGAACCAUCAUAACGUGGCAGAAGAAAGAAGGUGAUGCAGUAGCUGAAGGAGAUUUAUUGGCUGAGAUUGAAACUGAUAAAGCUACUAUGGGAUUUGAAUCUACAGAAAAUGGUUACAUGGCUAAAAUCUUUGUCGCUGCUGGUAGUAAAGAUGUUCCUAUUGGGAAGUUAAUCUGUAUCAUAGUAGAGGAAGAAGAUGAUGUAGCAGCUUUUAAAGACUAUGAACCUCAAGCAGGAGAUGAUGAGAAACCAGGAGGGGCUCCACCAGGGGUUGAUAAACCUGCAUCUCCUCCUCCUAAACCUGCUGAAAAACCUGCACCCCCAAAAAAGAAAGCACCCUCACAGCCUCCUCAACGGCAAGCUCCCCAACCAUCACAGAAAUCAUCUGAUGGUAAAGUGUUAGCUACACCCAGUGCAAAGAGAAUAGCCCAUGACAAAGGAGUAGAUUUAAGCACAGGUCCAGGUGGAGUGGUUCGUGGAGAAGACGUCAUGAAUUAUAUCCCGUCAACCCAAACUGGAGGGGCUAGUGAUGUGGAUUCCACCCCAACUCCAAUACAUGGUGCAGCUUACUCUGAAAUACCCAUUACUAACAUGAGAAAGACCAUAGCCAAGAGACUAACUGAGUCUAAACAGACUAUACCACACUACUAUCUUACAGUGGAGAUCAAUGUUGAUAAGGCCAUUCAGUUACGUAAACAGUUCAAUGAAAAUCUGUCCAAAGACAAUGUCAAACUAUCAAUGAAUGAUUUUGUAAUUAAAGCCUCAGCCAUUGCUUGUCAGAGAAUACCUGAAGUAAACUCAUCCUGGAUGGACAACGUGAUUAGAAGGUAUAAUACAGUAGAUAUUAACAUUGCCGUAGCAACAGAAAGUGGUUUAUUAACACCUAUAGUAUUUAGAGCAGAAUCCAAGGGAUUAAGUGCGAUCAGUCAAGAUGUUCAGAGAUUAGCUGCUAAAGCGAAAGAGGGUAAACUACAGCCUCAAGAGUUCCAGGGGGGGACUUUCACAGUAUCUAAUCUAGGAAUGUUUGGUAUCAAACAUUUUACAGCUGUUAUUAACCCACCACAGGCGUGUAUUUUAGCUGUUGGAGGGGCCAAUAAAACUUUAGUUGUUGAUGAACAUUCAAGUGAAGGAUACAGAUCUGCUAAUAUGAUGUCCGUGACGUUGAGUUGUGAUCAUCGCGUUGUAGAUGGAGCUGUCGGUGCUCAAUGGUUGGCCCAAUUCAAAAAAUUAUUAGAAAACCCCGAAACCAUGCUGUUAUAA